GUCAGAACUGAUUGAAUCACUGGCGGGACAAAAAAAUUCCAGCAAACGAUUCCGACUCUUCAGUAGCGUUAAAUCAUUUAUAUAGGGGUCAUAUGACUAUAAAAUUAGAAAAGUUACAUCAAUUCUGGAGUUGGUUUACAUACUUUACAGAGUGUGAAAUGGUGGCCAAAGGACAGAAGCGUAAACUCCACAGGGAGGAUGAGGGAAGAGGUGCAGUGUGGGAGAGUCAGCUGCAGUCUGUGCUGGACAUCUCCAUGGAUAAGUUCCACCGUGACCAGGCCCUCGUGGAGCCCAGCUUACUGCGCUCGGUUCUUAUCAGCAACACACUGCGGCAGGUUCAGUCCGAGGUCCGGGCACAGGUAGAAUCGCUGUCCGCUGUGAAAAUACCCACUAAAUCACAAACCCACUCUGAGUUGGAGCCUGAUUUUCCCAGAGGGCCCCCUCCAUCAGAGCACAAUGCUCCUCUGUUCUCGCUGAAUGCUGAAAAUAUGGAGGACGAUUUCAUGGCCUGGACUUCAGAGGAGGAUUUCUCUUUAUCUUCAGCCAUCUCUGUCAUUCUCAAAGAUCUAGACACAGUCAUAGAUGCCGGCGGUCAAGGGCCUUGUGCACCUCAGCGAGCUCCGCUCGGCUCUGUGGAGAAUCUAACAGGAGAUGCCAGGCUCGCACAGUAUCCUCUGUCGGGUUCGAGGACUGAAAAAACGUCCGACAUGGUGCCAUCUGUCAAAAUGGAAGCAGCGUGUCCAGGUUGUCCUCAGGAUGUAUCUUUAGAUAAACUUCUCCUGGACAUCGACACAUCUGUGUUUGAACCGGAGGUGAAUCUUCUGCAAGGUUUAUCUGAUGAUCUAGUGAAUUAUCUACCAUCCCUGUCCAAAUCUCCAUCAGCAUCCUCAUCUUUAGACUCUCAUGGUCAGGCCACAUGGGAAAUCCAGGAGAUAGAGCAUGUUAUGGACAUCCUGAUGCGGACGUACCCGCAAAGCUGAUUAUGUCAUGUUUCUGAUGUUGAAGUAAUAGCUGGAGUUAUUUGAUAAAAACAGUUUCUAGAGGUGUACUGAAGACAUUUCCACUGAAAUAAGACUGCGUUCUCUACCUGAUUAUGAUUUACUACCUCAUUUCUACCAACUUGUCAUGUUCAAAGUAGUUGAUCUCAAUGUCAGCUGAUGGUUAAUAGCAGUCAUUAGUCAUCUUGAUGGAAUAUAGAUAUUCACAUCUCUAGUUCUGUUUCAAGAAAUGUUCUUUCAUGAAGAUUCGUUCCUGAACAUGUCAAUUAACAGAGGGAAAAGUCCAGAUGACUUUUGAACACAGUUGUUUAGAAGCAAUUGUCUCUCUAUAUAUUUUUUACUUUUCAAAAUGAUAUUGUUCUCUAAGAUAUGCACUUUCCAUUAAGUCAAAUCCCUACAUUUAUAAUGGAUGCUUUUGAUAUGUCGUUUGCAGGUUACCAUUAAGAGUGUCCUGAAGAUUGGAUUUAGAUGGACAAUGGUCAUUAAAAUAUGAGAUUCUGUAUAUUUUUAGUUUAAAGAAUUUAUAUAUAUAUAUAUAUAUAUAUAUAUAUAUAUAUAUAUAUAUAUAUAUAAUAUGCAGUAAUUGUUACAUGAGCAUUAUGAAUAUACUGGUGCUGCUUCAGCAGACAAACAUGUAGAUUCCUAUGCAAAAUAUUUACUAUUGACAGUAUGAAAUUAUAAUGUGAAUAUUUUCUCUUUUUGUAUUCUAUUGUUAUACUUCAAAUAAAGUGUUACUUGGUGACAUCAAGUGGCUAAA